AUGAUUCCCGAGAUCGACUGGAAGGGGCUUCUGCUCCCCUUCGCCUAUGUCAUCGUUUUGGGCGGCGCCCUCAUGACAUUCUCGACAAUCUACCGCAAGCGGAAAGCUGCCCAGAGUGCAAACCUUGAGCCCUGGUUCAGCCCACACCUGCAACGAAACAUCUACCUGAGUCUUCUCCACCUGUCCCCUGAGGACGGCGGUGAAAAGCGAGUCCCCGACAGCGUCCUCAAGGCCGCCCUAUUGCGGCGCGCAGUGGAAGAUCUCCAUCGCCUGGUCCAGAUCCGGUCCGCCAAGCAGGCCUGCAGUACGCUCCUCCAGCGAGGCAGCGUCGGAAACGAUCUGUGGAAGAGGUUCCAGCGGGCCGAGAAGGAGAUGGAGGAGGAGUUGCGCGAUGUCGUCACUGAGGCUAAUGCUCUUGCCCCUAACUGGGGCCAGACUAUUUUCCAAUCCGCCAACGAGAUGGCGAUCAACUACAAGGUCCGAAACCACGUGGACGACUUCCAAGUUCAGGCCAGAGCUGAGCGACAAUGGUGGGACAAGAGACGCAAGCAAAUCCGAUCCGAGUUUAUGAAGGAGUUGGACGACGAAACUGAAACCACCGAGACCCCCAACAAGCCUGCUAGUGACGACGAGGCGGUUCUCGUUGAUACCCCAAGGCUGAAGAAGGCCGUGAGGAAGUAA